AUGCUCACGCGCCUAGCCCUCGUCGCCGGGCUCGCGGUCGCCGCCGCGCAGAGCGCCGACCCCUCCGACCUCGCCAAGAGCCUCGGGCUGACGGAGAACUACCAGUACGAGUUCCCCUCCCAGCCACUCGAGCAGGACUCGGCCGACAACUACCUCUACGACAACUGGCACCUGAACCACGGCCAGAUCCAGUUCGGCGCCGGCGACAUCACGUUCCAGUCUGACCCGGCGGGCGGGAAGCGACGAAGUCUCGCCGUCCGUGCCGAGGACGAUAAGGAGAGGAAGAAGGAGUCGUCGUCGAGCACGAGCUCGGCCCCGACACCGAGCGGGACGGGCGCCGCCGCCGCUGUCAAGGAUAGCAAGACGUCGCUCCGUAUCGAGUACCCCGCUGGCUCUUACUCGAAUGCGACGGGCGGAACACAGUUCUACUCCCAGCCGCUGAACGCGACGUCGGACACGCCGAAACCCGCCGACGGGGCCGGCACCAACGGCAACUUUGAGCGCAUGCUGCUCUCCUUCAACAAGGGCGGCAAGCUUCCCGGUCUUCGCGGCGGAGACGACCCGCACGGCUGCUCCGGUGGCCAUUAUCCGGAGGACGGAGGGUGCUUCUCCACGCGUCUGAUGUGGCGCGAGGGCGGUCUUGGUGAGGUAUACGCGUACAUCCCGAAGAACGGCAUCAAGGACUUCUGCAAGAAGAAGGGCAUCUCGUGCGACGCCGACUACGGCACGUCGCUGAACAAGGGCUCGUUCUCGUUCCCGCGCAACAAGUGGCAGACGAUCUGGCUCUACGUCGAGCUGAACAAGAUCGGCACGGCCAACGGCGUCGUCGCGCUCUACGUCGACGGCAAGCAAAAGUUCAACAUGACCAACCUCGAGAUCAGGCGGAACGACCACGUCGACAGCAUCGGCGGGCUGUACUUCUCGACCUUCUUUGGCGGCAACGACCAGUCCUGGGCCUCCCCGACAAACCAGUACACGUUCUUCCGCAACAUGCAGAUCUUUGCUGGUCUCGGCGAGAGCCAGCACCCGGGCGACCCGACCAGCGGCGCGACCAAGAGCACGCCGAGCUUUGCGUUCGCCGCCGCCGCUGCCGUUUUUGUCGUUGCGGCUUCGGCGUUCUUCUAA